AUGUUUAGAACAAGGGGAUUGAUUUUCCCAUAUAUAAAACGGGCAAAAAGAACACGGACGUGCAUUCAGUAAGCCAGUUGAAUCCCUAAACCCACCCAAAUAUGACUUCCGACAUGAUGCCCCCACCCCCUCCUCGCCACCUCACCACCACCGCCGAUCAACCUCCGUCAACAGAAUCGCCCCCAAUCGAAACCCCCCUAAACAAUACAGAAACUACACUUAUGCCCCCUCCACCUCCCAUACCACAACAACAAGUUAACUCAGAUACUCCCAUCGUUCCGGCCGAUGAAGAUGUUAAUAAGAAACCGUCAAGCAAUGCAGUUCCGUACACUAUACCGUCAUGGAGUGAACCGCCCUGCCAUAAUUAUUAUCUUGAAGUACUUAAAGAGGGUUCCAUCAUUGAUCAAUUUCAUGUGUAUGAGAAGGGAGCUUACAUGUUUGGAAGAGUAGAUCUUUGCGAUUUCGUUCUCGAACAUCCAACCAUUUCUCGCUUUCAUGCUGUUAUUCAGUACAACAAAUCAGGUGAUGCUUUCUUAUACGAUCUGAGCAGUACUCAUGGGACUUUCAAAAAUAAGAACCAGGUGAAGCAAAAGGUAUAUGUGGAGCUGCAUGUUGGUGAUGUUCUGCAAUUUGGCCUUUCAUCUCGGUUAUACAUAUUUCAGGGACCGUCUGAGUUAAUGCCUCCAGAAAAAGACUUGAAGAGUAUCAGGAGUGUUAAAAUGGGACAAGAGAGACGUGACAUGGAAGCUUCACUUCGGCGAGCGAAAAGGGAAGCAGCACUUGCUGAUGGUAUCUCUUGGGGAAUGGAUGAGGAUGCUUUUGAAGAAAAUGAGGAUGACCUUGACGAAAUAACAUGGCAAACUUUCAAAGGACAGCUUACAGAGAAGCAGGAGAAAACCCGUGAGAAAGUUUUGAAGAGGCUUGAAAAGAUUGCUAACAUGAAGAAAGAGAUAGAUGCUAUUCGUGCGAAGGACAUUUCUCAAGGUGGUUUAACACAAGGCCAACAGACUCAGAUUGCUCGUAAUGAACAGAGAAUGGCUCAGGUUUUAGAAGAGCUUGAAAACUUGGAGGAAACUCUAAAUGAAAGUAUCCGUGAAAGUUUGGGUGCACGCGGUGGCAGGGUGCAUGGUAAGAAGAAAGGAGCAAUUGAGGAUGAUGAAGAUGAAUAUAUGAGUGAUGAAGAUGACUUCUAUGAUCGAACAAGGAAGAGGUCAUCUAAACAGAAGGGUGCAGAUAGCCGGUCAGUUGAGACAGCUGAUUCUCUUCUAGACAAGAAAGAUAUUCUCAGUAGACAAAUUGAAGAAAAAAAGAAAUUCCUCGAUGAUGAGAAGAACAGAGCGAUUCCUGAAAAAGAUGACGUGGCUGAAGCUGGAGAUGAACUGGAUGCAUUCAUGACUGGACUCUCUUCUCAGCUAGUGCAUGACAAAGCAAACUCAAUCCAGAAGGAAUUGGACGAGCUGCAGUCUGAGCUAGAACGAGUACAAUACUUGUUAAAAAUAGCUGAUCCUGCUGGAGAAGCUUCUAGAAAGAGGGAAUCUAUAGCAAGUGAAGGAAAACCAAACAUUUCCAUACCACCUGUUGUGAAAAAACCAUUCUUGGAGAAGCAGAAAAACACCCAAAAACAAAUUAAUGUUGAUGUCACUAUAAAAGCAAGCAAGAACGACGAAUCGUCUGAUGUUGUAACAACUGCUAUACCACCUAAAGCCCCUGUGUAUACAAUAACUAAGCCUCAAUGGCUCGGAGCUCCGGAGAAGAAAGAAGAAAAGAAGCCACAGGAAGUACCCUUGGUAGAAACGGAAUCAGAUCAGUUUGUAGACUAUAAAGACAGGAAAGAGGUUUUGGUGAAAAAUGAGAGUGCUCAGGUGAAUGUGGACUUGGGACUUGCAGAUAUAGCACCGGGUCUGCAUAUAAGAAAGAGAAAACAAGUGGAGGAACCGGAAAAGAUUCACAAUGGAAAUUCUGAUUCGGCUGAGGCAUCUGGAGGAGUUGAUAUUGCAUCAGAAGCUGUAGCAUUGUUGCUGAAACACACUAAAGGGAUCCAAGCAAUAGAUGAUGAAGAGAUGAUACACACCGAAGGUAUUGCCGCAGAUAGUAAAGGAAAGAAAGGCAAGAAAAAGGCGAAAAAGGUUUUGGGACCCGAGAAACCUUCUUUUUUGGAUAGUGAAGCUGCUUACGAGUCUUGGGUGCCUCCAGAAGGUCAAUCAGGUGAUGGGCGGACCUCACUCAAUGAUCGUUUCGGAUACUAACUGCAGAUGCUAAUUCAUGAUUUUGAUACAGAGAUCCGUUAUGCAACAUUUCAGUUAAAAGAACUGUCAAAACCGCUCAUAAUCAGCACCGUUUGUGUAUACUAAUGAUCAAAACCAAAGCCAUCCACACACCACAUCAACCAAAACCUUGACGAUACAGAUCUGGGAAGAGAAUUUGCAGCAACUUUAUGUAUCAUGUUUUUGGUGAAGAGGUGGUUCUCGUGACCUUGACCUAAACCUACGGCAAGUUAUGUAAAAGGUAGAAAGAAGAACCAGUUGCAGUUUUGCAUCAUGUAUUUUAACACAUGUACAAGGAUAGAUUCUAUUAGUAACAAAUUACAUAGUUAAGAUUAGUUUGUUUGAUGUUAUGUAUGGGAUUAUGGUACUCAUGAAAUGAUGAAAAUGAUCAUCAAUACCCGCAUUA